AUGUUUCCGCUGUUGGGAUUCCCCGUCAACCUUACUCGCCCCGCCGAUGAUCAUAACAACGAUGACAGUAACCGCAAGGUGGUUGUUGACUUCUUCUCCGAUAACAGGAACAAGGCACAAGAGCAGCAGCAUGUUAAGCCCAACAUAUCCGUCAAGCAGGAGAUUCCCCACCAUGAUGAUAUACCUUCUUCCACCAAAGUUUAUACGGGUUUGCAACUGCUUACUGCCAACACUGGAAGCGAUGAAUCUACGGUGGAUGAUGGUGGAGUAUCAUCAUCAGAUGGUGAAGAUAAGAAAGCCAAGGCAAUUGAGCUAGCGAUGUUGCAAGUGGAGCUUGAAAUGCAACAACAGCAACAAGAACAAGUAGAUGAUGAGGUUGUUGAGGGAAAAGUAGUAGUGGGAGGGGAAGCCAGACAGUUGCUUGAUGUAGGAAACGAUAAUCAAGCAUCAGAUUCUUCUUCUGAUGAAAGAACACGAUCCAGCACACCUCACGCCCAAGUUGGAAUCAGGAAUAAUAGCAAUGGAAAGAACGAGAGGGAAGACAGUCCAGAUUCACAAUCACAAGCUUGGGGUCCCGCUCCCAACAAGCUCCAAAAACCCAACCCCACCAUGGACCAAUCCUCUUCUGAAGCCACCAUGAGAAAAGCCCGUGUCUCAGUCCGUGCUCGCUCAGAAGCUCCCAUGAUCAGUGAUGGAUGCCAGUGGAGAAAAUAUGGACAAAAAAUGGCAAAGGGAAAUCCAUGUCCUCGAGCUUAUUACAGAUGCACUAUGGCAGUUGGUUGCCCAGUUCGCAAACAAGUUCAACGUUGUGCUGAGGACAGAACUAUUUUGGUAACUACAUAUGAAGGAACACACAGCCAUCCGCUACCACCGGCAGCCAUGGCUAUGGCAUCAACCACCACAGCAGCUGCCACCAUGUUACUGUCAGGUUCCAUGUCAAGUGCAGAUGGAAUCAUGAACCCAAACCUCCUAGCAAGAGCUAUUUUUCCAUCGUGCUCUACUUCUUCUACUUCUUCAAGCAUGGCAACACUCUCAGCUUCGGCACCAUUCCCAACUGUCACAUUGGACCUCACACAAAACCCAUCAUCAUCAAAUAAUACUAAUAAUACUUCCACUCCUCCAAUCAGGCAUCAUCAUCCUCUUAAUGCUGUCCCUUUGUUCCAGCUACCCAAUUUCCAAGGCCACCCCCAGAACUUUGGGAAUCAAGCCUUAUAUAAUCAAUCAAAAUUCUCCGGUCUUCAAUUGUCUCAACAAGUUGCUGCCUCUUCUCAAUUGGGAAUCCAAGCUUCAAGGCCACCUUUGCACCACAACCAACCACAACAACAGCCGCCAUCCCUGGCUGAUUCCGUCACCGCAGCCAUCACCACCGAUCCUAACUUCACUGCCGCUAUCGCAGCCGCCAUCUCCUCCAUCAUCGGAGGUAACAAUAAUAAUAAUCAACCAAACAGCACUGGAGACGGUAACAACAACAACAACAGCGGCAGCAAUCCUAGUAUGAGCAACAGGACAACAAUUAGCAGCUUUUCGGGGAAUUAAAUUAAACUAAAUCCCUUUGUGUUCUUUGGUUCUUUUUGUUAAUUACUGUAUAAUUUUCUCUUUUUAUGUACAUGGGGAAAGGGGAAAUGAAGUUAUAAAUUUAUGUUCAUAUACUUUUUUGUCCAUGUAUUAGGGACGGAUUAGCUAGGUGUAUCAUCAUGGGCUGGGGAGAUAAGGAAAAAAAAAGCUUCAUUCUUUUGUUUUAUCUUUCAACUUUGAAUAAUUUUGUAUUAUAUUCAAAAUAUUCAGAGUAAAUAGAUAUAAGACUCGAAACGAAAAAAAAAAAAAGAAUAUGUAUUAUCUUUCUUUUA